AGGUGAGUGAUUAUCCAGUGCAUAAGAUAUGGAUGUCUGAUGAUUAUGGACGUGAUAAAGAUCUCCACGGUAUACCCAGCUAUUUUCCCAAGAACUUUGUAUUGCAGAAUAUUCCCAUUUCUGUGGAGUGUAAAAGAUGUAAAGAGAAUAAUUUGUUUAGAAUUGGGUUUGUUUUAGAAGAUCUCUAUGAGUUUGAUGAUGGCUUUAAGAUCUACGAUACAGAUACAAGCAGUAUCGGUUGCCCAGAAGUUCCGCUCCUUAUACAAUCCAAGAUGAUAUCACUGUUUCCAUCAGUGGAUGUUUUCAAUUAUACGGCAGAUAUCGAUGGUGCUCAUGAGCAUACCACUUUGCCAACAAUUCGUUCUAAAUUCACUCUGAAAACUUAUUUCGAAACAUUUAUUCCAUUAAUUGAAGCAGAAGCGAAUAGGGAGAGGGAAAUUAAAGAAGCAAUGAAACAAGAGAAUGUAACACUGAGAUGCUAUGACGGCUAUGAGAUGAGAUUAGAUUUACUAGAGGAAAGCAUUCGUUUACAGGAUAUGAUGAAGUAUGCGGUUGAAAAGAUGACCUGGUAUGAGAAAAGAUCCGAAAUCUCAAAAGUUGUUGAUUCUAGUGGGGAAUGCAUGAAUAAUGGAAAGAAGAAAUCUACGGGAAUUAUGCAUACCGUUUUAACUGGGGAUAUCAUACAAAGGAAAAUAGCCAAAAACCAAAGCAUACCCAGCAAUAUCGAUGGCAAUACAAUUUUAACACCUCCUGGAUUUCCCAAGUUAAACACUUCCCAGUUGGUUGCCAUUGAGGCAGCCUUAUCAUCUACGAACCUCACCCUUGUUCAGGGGCCUCCUGGAACAGGUAAGACAUUGGUUUCGUCAGCAAUUGUUUAUAACUUUGUUAAAGCUCAGAAAAGGAAGGUGUUUAUAAUUGCUCCUAGCAAUACUGCAGUAGAUCAACUGGCAAUAAAAAUCAACAAUACGGGGCUAAAGGUGUUGAGAGUGGUUUCUAAAAGGAAAGAGGAAGAGGCUAGUGAGGUGGAUUACUUGAGCAUGCAUGUUUUAGUAAAUGAGCUGGUGAGUGAGGAGGUCAAGAAUAAAUAUGGCAAUAAGCAUGGGAAUGUGCCUGAUAGCUAUACUGCAGUUGCUCAGGAGGAAUUGAUCAAAUCAGCAGAUGUCAUCUGCUGUACUUGUGUUACUGCGGGACAAAAACUAUUCAACAAACACAAUUUUCCAAUUGUGCUCAUUGACGAGGCUGUGCAAUGCACAGAACCACUUACUCUGAUUCCUUGUAUGUAUAAUUGUGAAAAACUCAUUCUGGUAGGAGAUCAUAAGCAAUUAGGGCCAACUGUACUGAAUAAAGAGGCAAUAAAAUCAGGGUUCAAGCAAAGUCUCUUCGAAAGAAUGCUCAGUUUGAAUGUAAUGGCCUAUCUCCUAUCGAUUCAGUAUAGAAUGAAUAGUAGCCUGUGUGAGUUUCCAAAUGAAUAUUUUUAUAAUGGAUAUUUGAGAACGGCAAGUAAAGAUGUUGAGAAUAUGGACAAGGACAAUUCUAUGACUUAUGAUAAUUCCAAUGUGAUGUCUUUUAAUUCAUCGUCUAUUCCAGAUAAAUUGACCAAUUUAAAUUCUAUCAAUUUCUUUUAUGCUACUUACUGUAAAGAAGAGAUAAGUCAAAAUGGCACAAGUUAUAUUAAUAAAGGUGAAGGUGUGAUAGUAGAAAAUAUAAUAAAGUAUUUAUUCAGAAAUGGUGUCAUGGAACAGCAAAUUGGCGUUAUUACACCCUAUGAGGGGCAGAGGAGUUAUAUUCUGAACAAGAUGGUGGAGACUGGCAAUCUGGAGAUAUCCAAUGUCGAUGGGUUUCAGGGCAGAGAGAAGGAUUAUAUUAUUGUAUCCUUGGUCAGAAGUAAUUCCUUCCAAGGGAUUGGUUUUGUAGCUGACAAGAGAAGAAUGAAUGUAACUCUCACAAGAGCCAAGUAUGGGUUGAUUGUGAUAGGGAAUCCCUUUACUCUCUACAAGAAUAGGUUUUGGGGUGAUUUCUUGGAAUUCUAUUCUAAAAAGGGUCAAAUUUAUGAGGGAAAUAUCAGUAAUUUGAGAGGUGUUUCCUUAAAGGAAAUAAUUAACGAGGAGACGGAG